ACCAGUUUGGACCGGUUGCCGCUGCUGCUGCUGCCUUCUCGUGCACUUCUCGCUUUGUUCUCAGCUCUCAAAUGCCCUGGCUGUGUGUCUGUGGUUGCAUUUUCAAGCUGCCGCUCCAUGCAGCUUCAUUGUACCUAUGCUGUGCCCGCAUCUUACGGUCUCUCCGCCAGAGACUUGCCCUCUGUUGCAGCACGUUACAUCAAAACUGUGGGAAAUCCGUCAGAAGCUUCGUUGGCACUUGGUCACUUUCGAAAAUAUCCUGUUUGUGCCGAAGCAGUGGUUUCAACAUCAGAAAAAAAUACGAGAUUUCACGAAGGACAAAUUCAUCUAAUUUAUGAGUUAGUCUUGGAAAGAGUAUUGUCUCUUCCCCCAAUUUCUAGUUGUACCUAGUGUGGUAUAGUGUUGCGGGAGCGCUUUGGGGUAAACUUUUCCAGGUGGUUGAAAUUGAACUGGUACGAUUCCAACUGGAACAGUGUGACACAACAGGGGACAUUAAAUAAAAGGCAGAGGGCAGAUGAAGAUUCUGAGAGGAAAAGAGCAGCAGAUUUGAAAUGGGAGCAGAUGAAGGUUUGAGCUGAUGGGACCACAUGCCAAAGACUGAUUACAUAUUGGCAGACAGGAACUUCUAGAACUCUGCAAGUCCUGAUUCACAUAGGAACUGUCCAGGGCUCCCAGUCACGAUGGUACUUUCUAGGAUCUCCAUCAUUUCCUUUCUCGUACUUUCCUCCAUUUACUGCAUUGUUUCUCAUCAAGACCCAGAGAUGUGGCUCCAAAACCUCUUCCCACCUAAGGUGUGUCCUGCCAAUGCCAGCAUGGAUACUUAUUAUGGUAUCAUGUUUGAUGCAGGAAGCACAGGGACACGAAUUCAUAUUUACACCUUUGUACGAAGAAGCCCAGAAAAGCCUCCAGAAUUAGAAGGAGAAAUCUUUGAAUCAGUCAAGCCAGGUCUCUCAGCUUAUGCAGAUCAACCUUGGAAAGGUGCAGACUCUGUCAGAAGAUUGUUAGAAAUGGCCAAGGAGGCUGUGCCACGUAGCCAUUGGAAGAAGACCCCAGUAGUAUUGAAAGCCACAGCUGGUCUGCGGCUGUUAGCGGAGCAUAAAGCCCAAGCUCUUCUCUCAGAGGUCAGAAUGGUCUUUGAGGAGUCACCCUUUCUAGUUCCCAAUGAUAGUGUUAGCAUCAUGGAUGGAACUUAUGAAGGUAUUCUUGCCUGGAUCACUGUGAACUUCUUGACAGGGCAGCUGUAUGACCAGAACCAGCAGACUGUGGGAACUUUGGACCUGGGAGGAGCCUCGACUCAGAUUACGUUUUUGCCACAACUAAAGGAUACCCUGGAACAAACACCAGUGGAUUUUCUUUCUUCAUUUGAAAUGUUCAAUAGCACUUACAAGCUCUACACGCACAGCUAUUUAGGUUUUGGGCUAAAGGCUGCACGACUAGCAACAUUAGGAGCCCUGGAAAUGGAAGCAGCAGAUGGGCAGACAUUCCGAAGUUCCUGUUUGCCAAAACAUCUGGAAGCCGAGUGGCACUUUGGAGGAGUGAAAUAUCAGUAUGGGGGCAACAGAGAAGGAGAAACAGGAUUUGAAUCUUGUUAUUCUGAAGUCCUGAAGGUUGUACAAGGGAAACUACAUCAACCAGAUGAGAUUCGCAGAAACUCCUUCUAUGCCUUUUCCUAUUUCUAUGAUCGGGCCGUGGACAUUGACCUUAUAGAUUAUGAAAAAGGUGGCAUUCUAGAAGUGCAAGACUUCAAACAAAAAGCCAAAGAAGUGUGUGAUAACAUGGAGAGGUACAGCUCUGCCAGCCCUUUUCUGUGUAUGGAUCUCAGUUAUAUUACAGCCUUAUUAAAGGAAGGAUUUGGAUUUGGAGACAGCACAAUUUUACAGCUGGCAAAGAAAGUGAACAACAUAGAGACGGGUUGGGCUCUAGGGGCAACAUUUCAUCUUCUGCAGUCCUUGAGACUUUCCCACUGAGAUGGCGUUGUCUGCAGGGUACUUUUUUAGAAACAAGAACAUGCAGUUCUAAACAGUGUACAGACCAAAGAAGAGACUGGGCAUUUCUGAGCUGCAGGACAAGACGGGUUCUUCUAGGAUAAUAAGUGCUCUGGACGUAAAAUAAUUGCAUAAUUUAUGCGAAAGGAUCUGAGCUUUAGUUCAGUAGCCUUGAUACUGAUCUUAUUCAGGGAGCUCAGACAUGUCUUUGGCCAAAGCAUUUAUGUCCUUUUGGUAUCACUAGACCUCGCCAUGUUCCACAAAGUUUGCAGGCCCUUUUGCACAUGAAACAAUGAAGGAUCAUAUCUAAAGCAGAAGCCUAGCCUCAUAACAAAAACUGGAAUGAGCUAUUUAUCCAAACCUGUUCUUAGGAUGUUUGAAGCUUGGUAAUUAAUCUUUUAGAAUUAGCGAAUUCCUAAGAGCGGGGAAGGAUAUUUUUGACACAGCUGAAGGAGAGACGGUUGACAGAAGAAAUGAAUUGUCAACCUAGCUAGAAGCUGCAAGGAAUGGGAGCAUUUAGGAAUCCCACAAGAGAUGGUUUCAAUUUUUUUCCUCUUUUCAUCUCCCUUCCAAUAAAGUCUUGAGAUGGCAAUAGUGUGCUAUAAGCAUUUUUCUGUAUGCUUCAGAAUUAAGUUUUCUAGGGAUUAACAGUCACAAAAAUAUUUCAGUGUAUUCUUACAAUCCCUGUUUACUGCCAAAUAUUCAGAUAUCUGGCUGUAACUGCAUCAAGCUGAAACAAGUCUUCAGUUUCUGCAAAAUGGUCAUUAGUCAGACCCCAGAAUGGGACUAUCAGUUUUCAGUUGCUUCAAUGUUGUUGUGCGCUUCAGUAUUCCAUAUGAGGGUAUGCAGUCACUAAAUAUUGAUAUUGUGUGGAUAAGCAACUAUUGGACAGAAUGUUCAGAUGGUUUUGUCCAAUUGCUUUUUUUUUUUUUGGCUGAAAGAUAAGGACAAAUUGGUGUGUUUCUACAUAACAUCCAGAUAAAAUAUUUAAUUAUGUUUUAAAUAAUUAUGGUAGAUGUCUUAACUUCCAAUGAGGUAGAGCUCAAUUACUCCACUCCUUACAGUCUAGACUUAGCUAUUGGUAAUGAAACAAACUCCUGCUUUGGUAGUAAAGCAAACUGGAAGUAAAGAUUGUUUAGUCCUGGACUACAGCAACAUAAUUCGCUAAAACCCAGGGCAAACUCUCUUUGACCUCAUCUGAAAACUUGGGCAUGUCUCGCUUUUGGACCACUGCCGUUCCUGAACCAAAGGCAAUAUGUAUUAGUACAUUCUAUUUCUAUUUACAUUUAUUACCUGCCCUUUACCACUGCCUCAGGGCAGGUAAUGUCUUAAUUUAGAAGAAAUCAUCAAAAUUCAGGGUCUUGAUCAUCUUCGCUUCUGUGUAUGUCAUAACAGAUACAUAACUACUGCUGUAACCAAGACUUCACUUUGGUACACCCUCCCUCAAAUAAUAUAGACCAUCAUGGACUUGGUCUGCAUAAGGGGUGCAAGAUUAUAGUAAUAGUUUUUCCUUCUGAUGAUUCCAGUUGUGAUAUGGAAUUUGUCCUACUUUCACAAAUGUCCGUGCCUAUCCAGUGAAACAAUAUACACUUAAUGAUCUGCAUAGCAUGGAUUUUGUUUAAAGGAUUUACGUACACAAAUGGUAGAAAAGAAGUAAAUGAAACAAACACUAAAUUCAAGAAGCUUUUAAAAAAAGAAGCAGAAACAGGUUUUAGGUAUUUACAUAAUUUUAAGUAUAAUCCUAGCACAGCACAUGCUUUAGUUUACUUUAAAUUAUUACAAAAUAAGCUAAACUGUGAGUAGACAGGGCCUCUCCGCUGUCUGCAUAUACAGCACUGUAUGUGUGUUGGAUACAUGCUGUAGACCUUCAAAUACCUUUUCAGUCACAUUUUGUUCUCAGGUUGGUUGACUGGAAAAAGGAUACACAAUUAUCCCUGUUUGUUAGCUGUAUUAUUCGUAUUACUUAGUGCUUCAAAGCAGUUAAAUGAAUAUUAUUGGGAUUAGCUGAUUGGUACAUGAACAAGACAGAGCCCUGAAUGUCUAUUUUAUAAAUUAAAUGAUAUUUUUAACAGAA